AAACGUUAAACAAGGAUGCUUUUCCCAUCUCCCCACGGGCAGGGAAGGCACGCACGUAUCUUGCAGUCGAGAGCUCUCGUCCCAAGCUGAAGGGUUUUCAAAUGGUUAAUAUUCUUGAUUUGGGUCAAGGAAGUGGCUGGCUUUGCUGCCGCUGAAAGGGGGAGUGCAGAAAUGGCGGUGAGCGUACCAACGGCUCUCUGGGAUGGAGUGCUGGACAUCACCAAGAGAUGUCAGAAGAAGCGCGAGGAGCCCUUUCUUUGGGCCAUCCAAAUCUCCGGCCACCUCAACAUGUGCGGCGUCUCCCUGCCUAGUGUUGAGCUUGCCCAUAUCUUGGUCUUUCAUAUUUGCUGGGAUAACAACGUGCCCAUCGCGUGGAAGUACUUGGAACAGUCUAUCUCUUCCAAGAUUGCUCCCCCCAUUCUCGUUCUUAGCUUGGUUUCUGCAAGGGCGAUUCCAUGUCGUCGCUCCCGACCUGCUGCUUACAGGCUUUGUCUUGAAUUACUCAAGAGGCAUGCCUUCUCAUAUGAAUCUCAAAUAAGUGGACUGCAUUGUCGAAGGAUAAUGAAAUCCGUGGAUGACGCCCUUCACCUGUACCAGGUUUUUGGUGUUCAAGAGCCAGGACCCGGAGAAGUGGUGGUCAAAUUUGUUUUUGCGAUUGUUUUGAAGUUGCUUGAUGCAACUCUGGAAGACGAUGGGUUGCAAGAUGUGAGCACUGAGAAACAGUUCAAAUGGGCAAGCCAACAAGACAUGGAAGUGGAUGUUCAAGACCAAGCUGAUGGGAAAAAAGAGGAAAUUCGGGAAGCUUUACGGAAAUCAAACAGUGUGGAGGCAGUUAAACUCAUUGGUCAAUUUUUGCAGCACAAACUAACUUCAAGGCUUCUCAGACUAGCAUCAAAGAACCUGGCCUCACAAUGGGAAGGCUUUAUGAGGUGCUUGACACUGCUAGAGGCUAAAUCAAUUUCAGUAAGGAAUUCGGGCUCUUCAGAGUCUUUACUGCAUUUGUCUUCACAUAUACAAAAAAGCUUUAGUCAAGAGUUCAAAGACACUCAGCAUCCAUCAAUAAGGGCCUUGAUUAACAUUAGACCUUUGGCACCCUCCACCUAUCAAAAUCAUGGAGCUAACAGGUCUUCACUUUGGAUCCCUCUGGAUCUAUUCCUAGAAGAUACAAUGGAUGGAUCACAAGUUACAGCUGCGUCUGCUAUCGAAAGUCUUGCAGAUUUAGUCAAGUCUCUUCAAGCUAUCAAUGGAAUUACCUGGCACGAGACUUUCUUAGGUUUGUGGAUGGCAGCUCUUAGAUUUGUCCAAAGGGAAAGGGACCCAAUUGAGGGGCCUGUACCACGCCUCGAUGCACGAUUAUGCAUCUUACUGUGUAUUACAACACUCGCCAUUGCUGAUAUUAUUGAGGAAGAAGAUACAGCCUUAGCUGAUGAAAGAGAAUCCAUGGAUACCAGUCAGAGAAAAGAGAAGCCAGUGAUAGGGCAACGACGGAAGGAUCUAAUAACCAGCUUGAAGAUGCUUGGUGAUUUUGAAAGCUUGCUCGCACCUCCCCAGUCGGUUAUUUCUGUGGCAAACCAAGCAGCUGCCAAAGCAGUGAUGUUCAUUUCUGGCUUCAAAGUUGGAGGUGGCUACUUUGAUAGCAUCAGUUUGAAUGAUGUGCCUAAUAAUUGUGCUGGAAACAUGCGGCACCUGAUUGUUGAGGCAUGCAUAGCAAGACAUUUGCUGGACACAUCUGCAUAUUUUUGGCCAGGAUAUGUGCGUGGGCACAUGAACCAGGUACCAAGAAAUAUGUCAGGCCAAGUGUCUGGCUGGUCGGCUUUGAUGAAAGGAGCUCCUUUAUCCACAUCAAUGGUGAAUUCACUGGUGACAACUCCUGCUUCAAGCUUAGCGGAGCUCGAGAAAGUGUUUGAGAUUGCAGUCAGUGGGCCAGACGAUGAUAAGAUAUCUGCUGCUACUAUCCUCUGCAGUGCCUCUUUGAUUAGAGGUUGGAAUAUUCAGGAACACACUGUCCGUUUGGCCGUGAGAUUGCUUUCGCCACCUCCUCCUGCUGAUUAUCAUGGAAGUGAUAGCCAUUUGAUUAGUUAUGCUCCUAUGCUAUUUAGUGUGUUGGUAGGAAUUUCGUCGGUCGACAGUGUUCAUGUUUUUUCACUACAUGGAAUGGUCCCUCAACUUGCAGCCUCAUUGAUGCCCAUUUGUGAGGUAUUUGGAUCAAGGGCACCUAAUAUCACAUGGAAACUUCAAACUGGAGAAGAACUUUCUGUACAUAUGUUGUUCUCAACAGCAUUUAUUCUUCUUAUGAGGCUUUGGAGGUUCAAUUGUCCACCUCUUGAACAUUGUGUAUUGGGAAAAGGUGCCUCACUUGGUUCCCAGCUAACUCCUGAGUACCUUCUCUUGGUUAGAAACUCACAAUUAGCUCCCUCUGGUAACAAGCAUAGAGAGAAAAAAUUUAGCUCCCAAGAAGGUUUGAGCAACCGAAGGGUUUCAUUUUCAUCUACGCAACCUAUCUUUAUGGAAUCAUUUCCAAAGCUUUCGACUUGGUACCGGCAGCAUCAAGCUUGUUUAGCAUCUACUCUCUCUGGUCUUGUCCAUGGUACACCUUUUCAUCAGGUUGUAGAUGGGCUUCUGACCAUGAUGUUCAGGAAACUGAAUAAAGGAGGGCCACCUGGGGCAUCAGCCAGCAGUAGCUUUAGCAGCUCUUCUGGCAAUGGAAGUGAUGAUAUCUCUCAAAGACCAAUGCUACCUGCAUGGGAAAUUAUGGAAGCAGUUCCAUUUGUAGUAGAUGCUGCUCUUACUGCUUGUUCACAUGGAAGGCUGUAUCCUCGUGAGUUGGCUACAGGGCUCAAGAUUCUCGCUGAUUUUCUUCCAGCUUCUUUAGCUACUAUAGUGAGCUACUUCUCUGCUGAAGUAACACGUGGUGUUUGGAAGCCUGCCUUCAUGAACGGUACUGAUUGGCCUAGUCCUGCUGCAAAUCUUUCUUAUGUUGAAGCAGCAAUCAAGAAAGUCGUUGCCACCACCGGUGCUGAUGUUCCUAGCCUUGAGAUUGGAGGAAGUUCACCUGUUACACUUCCCUUGCCUUUGGCAGCAUUUGUAAGUCUCACCAUAACAUAUAAACUUGACCAUGCAACGGAACCUUUUCUCAACCUUGCUGGCCCAGCAUUGGAAGGACUUGCAGCUGACUGUCCAUGGCCCAGCAUGCCAAUAGUUGCAUCUCUGUGGACACAGAAGGCAAAGCGCUGGAAUGACUUUUUAAUUUUCUCAGCAUCUCGCACUGUCUUCCUACAAAGCACUGAUGCCGUUGUUCAGCUUCUGCAGAGCUGUUUUUCUGCCACUCUUGACUCUUCCUCUGGUAAUCCCCUCUCAAGUAGUGGUGGAGUUGGUGCGUUGCUUGGCCAUGGACUUGUGCCUCUUCCCUCUGGGGGACUUCUGCCAGUUGCACCUGGUAUUCUCUACCUAAGGAUGUACAGAUCGAUUCGCGAUAUACUGUUUGUGACAAAAAAAAUUCUCUCUGUUUUAGUAGCUUCAGUGACAGAAAUUGCUACAAAGGGCAUGAGCAAAGAGGAAGUGGCUAAGCUGAGUAAGUCCAAAUAUGGAAUGAGAUACGGGCAUCUUUCCCUGUCUGCAGCUAUGGGGAAGGCCAAGCAGGCAGCUGCUCUAGGAGCCUCACUGCUAUGGCUGUCAGGAGGCACUGGUCUGGUCCAGAUGCUAUUCCAAGAGACUCUUCCAUCUUGGUUUUUGUCGAAAGAUGGGCUGCAGUCUGGUGAAGCACAAGGCAAGGCAGCCAUGCUGAUAGGUUAUGCCCUUGCAUACUUUGCCAUGCUAAGUGGGGCGUUUGCAUGGGGUGUGGAUAGUUUCUCCAAACGCAGGCCUGGGGUACUAACUGGACACUUGGACUUCCUGGCUGGUGUGCUGGACGGCCAGAUAUACUUGAGCUGCAACUGGGCUACUUGGCACGCCUAUGUGUCUGGAUUCCUGGGCCUAAUAGUGGCGAGCGCACCCAAGUGGGUAGGAGAAGUGGAUGUGGAUACUCUUAAGAGACUGAGCAGAGGGCUGAGGCUGCUGGACGAAAAGGAACUUGCUCUCUCACUUUUGGAAGGGGGUGGUGCCGGUGCUAUGGGUGCUGCUGCAGAGUUAGUUAUUGGGUCCCCAAAUUUUGCUUGAGUGCGUGUAUGUAAGAUAGAGAGAGAGAGGGAGAGAGAGGGAGAGCUUGAGAAGCAUUCUUAUCCGUGUACCAUUGAAUGAAAAGCCAUUUUCUACAAGUUUUCUUUUCCUUGGGCGGAUUAUUGUUGUGCUUGUUCAUGGGACUGGUUGUUUCACCUGAAACGCGUCGCAAACAGAUAGAGAAUCGGUCUGCAUGGCCAUAUUGAUUCGGCCUGUAUCAAUGUCUGUAAAUUUGAUUUUUACUUUUAAAAGAAUAUGAAAUAAUUUCGUUAUUA